GAAAAAAGCAAUGUCAACACUAGACUCGUAGUCAGGGAUAAGCCCCAGCCAUAUCCGUACAUAACUCAGACUUCGGAUACAACUAAUCAAACUCAGUCAAAUAAUACGUGAAUGUGCCAUGCAUGGUAUGUAGGGCUGGCACCCUAUCAGCCCCUUAAAGCCGCAUAUAGAAAUGCCAUAGGAAUAAUCUUCUCAAACCUUCUCAGUUUCAUGCAAGGGUGAUAUGAAAACAGUAGUAGCUCUACUUUACUUCCUUGUAUAGUUCGCAAUUCUAUUUUCUGUUUUUGGGCAUUGAGAUAAUUUCAACUUUCUCUCCGCUCUCUUACAGGAUGAUACAGACAACUUUAUACUCUACCACCCAGGUCCCCAUAAACAUGAUGACGAUGCGAUCCUCCAGGAUCCCCGAAACUCACUCAGUUUCACAUGUUCACUAUAUCAUAAUUUUCUCUGAUCAACAUGAUGCAUGCACAGACAAACCUCUCUCCUCCUCUAUCUUGUCCCACUCCAGGCCCAGGACCCCGCAUGGCUAUAGCCACGAUACUCUGCACCAUUUCGUAGCGAAGUCAGUGUUAUAUCCCCAGCAAAUACCCAUACUGUCAUACAUAUAGCCAAAUAUUCCAUCCACUACAAUGCACCUCAAACAGGCUCCGUGCUGGUCAUAUGCGGUCUUCCCUAUAAAGAACCCCCCGGCUCAUACGGGCUACACUACACCCUAUUCGCAAAUUCGACGCAUCUCAAGCUCCAAUGCCUACAGUACAAUCCCAGGAAAGGCAUCUAUUCUCAUGAACGGUCAACCCGGGCUAUCCUCAACACGUAAUACAGUUCCAUAUCCCAUCCUAAACCUGCGAGAAGAGCUUUACAGCCGAGCACGAUAUGACUGUAGACGCCUACAUCAACGAAACAAACUGCAUGCUGCCCACACGUCUCCUCCCAAAGAAGCCCGACUGGAGUGCUUGCAACAGGCAAUAUCGCCAUACGAGGACCACGAUAUCAGAUGGACGGAUUCCAACCCGAGACAUGAUUCCCAGAUCCCAGCACAAUGUAGAUCCGGUUUGAAGCUGGAUCUGCAGCAUCGACGGUUGGUUGUAUUGGUAUUUAUUGUGGGAGUGUUUAUGCAGGCUUGCUUCCUCACGAGUCAGAGUUACAAGGAUGAAUUUCCGGCGGGGGGUGUCAGUAGCCAGGGCGGUGCGCGAUUGAUCGAGUCUCGGAGACGGCGAGCGAGUUGUUUGGGGCUUGGGGAUGCCCAGGUGGAGAGAUUCUUGUUGAAGAGGGACCCUUCCGGAGAGGGAGUUACUGGAUGUGAGAGGAUGGUGUAUCGGGAGGUCUUGCCUUACUGUUCUUAUGGUGGGUGAAUUAAUGAGAGUGGGAUACAUGUGCUUGGGCAUAUAGAAGGCUCUUUAUUGUUCAUAAUCAUCAUAUCUGAAUGGGCUUUACAUCACAUAGUAUGCACAUCCAAUGCGAGUAACACCUUAUAAUUUGCUCUCCGGUGAGGCGUAUUCACCUUGAGGGAUCAAGAACCCUUCGAAGAAUUGGCCUAUUUGCCGGUAAUCGUCGAGUCCGAUCACGGCCGAGACAUAUUGAUCUGGUCUGACAAUCACAAUUGCACCUUUCUCAGGGCUGAUACCGAGGUACUCGUAUACACGGCCGUGACCUUUGUUGUAACUUUCGUCGUCGAAGUAUAUUUUGUGCAGAUCUAUUCAUUAAGUGAGUCUUGUGCCACUUACUUAAGGGGAUCGGAAUCCCUUACCUCUGAUUUGAUU